AAACCUCUUCAAGGAUGAAGCAAUUGUGUUUGAUGCUGCUUGCUCACUGGUUGCUAGGAUACCGGGACCGGAAGUGCGUGUCAGCCUGUGGCCAAGUUAUUGAGUUUUCUGAGUCGUUCCCUCUGGGUUCAAAGGUUCUCUUUCACAAUUAAUCCCAGGUCCAAGAAAUUCAGCUCUUUGCUGCCACCCCUUUCUUGCUAUGGAUUCUUUUGUGAAAUUUACUUCCCUCAGCCAAGGCAGGGAGAGAAUCUUCAGAACCAUUCAGUAUGCAUGCAUGUUACUUAAUUAUCUAAUUCACAAGAAUGAUAGCAACAAGGAGCUGGUUUCAAAGCUCAAACAGUUGGAAUCUAACAUGAGUUCAGGACGCAAGUUAUUCCGACUGGGCAACACAGUGGAUGCAGUUCAGGCAGCCAGAAGAAACAUACACCUUUCGGACCCAAUUCUUCGAUUUUGCCUUACCAUCAUUCCUCUCAGUCGGGCUGUGUACUUCAUUUGCGAUAAUAUUCUCUGGAUGGGAGCAGUGGGACUUGGUGGUAUUGACAAGGAGAAAUGGAAUAAGCGGUGCAACCACUACUAUUUCUUCUCAUUGAUUAUCAGUCUGAGCAGAGAUGUCUAUGAGAUUACCCUGCUUCUGAGAGAAGAAGCACUGGCCCAAAAGGGCCAACAGUGCAAAUCCAUAAACCACCUGAACACCAGUCAUGUGCAAAGAGACUUUGGCUGGGCAUUAAAGAUCAGUUCUGAAGAUUUCUUCAUGUUGCUUUAUCAAAGCCUUAAAAACAACCCCCCUGUAUUACUCGACCUCAUUAAAAACCUCUGUGAUCUAUCCCUCCCCUUAGACAAGCUCGGCAUUUUCAGAAUCAAUCCUGGAGUGGUGAGUCUUUGUGGUCUUAUUUCAUCAGUUGUGUCAAUUUUAACUUUGACGCACCCAGCACUGAAAUUGAGACCAUAAACAAACCACCUGCACCAUGAACAAAAGUCUUAUUCUUUAAUCUGUUUAUCAGAGAAUUUUUGAAAAAUUAAAUCAAUUACUUUCAAAAUGCAGGCUGUGGAUUCUGAAAGUAAGCAAUCUAAUGUGGUGUAUUUUAAUGUUUUGCCCUCAACAUGACAACUUCAGUUGUUUUCUUGGCUGUGUUUUAGAGUGCCAAAGGUUAAGGCAUUGACUUCCAACAUGUGCUGUUGGUUUUGAACAUUGAACCUUCUUUAUGAAAUCUACCAUCUACAAACAGGACACUUCUGGACUGAUUCUGGCAUGCCACUCAAUAUUUGAGCAAGCUAAAAUGACCCUAUCUAUAAUUUGUGUCCUGACUAGCACAAUGAGAUUAUAAAACUAAAUAUAUCUGCCUCUCUUAACUUAAGCUCUAUGACACUAACAAGUCUGUAUAUGAUGAACAUGAUUCCCCUGUGUCUUUUAAAUAUCUGUCUCAAGAAUAAAUAGUGUAAGAUGAUUUCCUCUGGCUGGGUAACCACAGGUUGUAGAUUAAGGAUUACCACAUGAAGAAAAAAAGAGGAAGACAUUUUAAAUUCUGUAUAAUACAUUCAAGCAGUUGUUGACAGUGAUAUUGUCUCAAAUGGGUUUGAAUUAAAUAUUUGCAAUGGGAAAGGAUGUGAACUCCAGUUCAUUCCUAGCACUGGCAUAGAUAUAACAAUAAAAGUGGACUUUUUUUGUACUAUUUCAAUCAGGCAAUCAGAGAAAACAGAAACACACAUUGCUGGAAAACCUCAACAGGUCUGGCAGCAUCAAUGGGGAGAAAUCAGAGUUGACAUUGAGUUCAGAACUUCUGCAGAAAGGUCAUUGAACCCAAAACUUUAACUCUCCACAGAUGCUGCCAGACUUAGAGUUUUUUUCCAGCAAUUUCUAGUUUUGUUUCUGGUUUCCAACAUCUGCAGUUCUUUUGGGUUUUCAUCUAAGAAAACAGUUCAGUUACCAAACUGUUAACUAUUUUGAACCGAAUUCUGUCUAUAACAUCACUUGCUGAAAAGAGAUCUUUUAACUUCUAAUUUUUUAGCACUCAGUGCCCUAUUUGAAGAACUGAGGCUUUGUUUACUUUUUCUGAAUUUUUAAUUUGUAUUAAACUACUUUGUUCAGUUGGAAAAUGUCUCUUCACAGAUAUUGAAUGAUACCUCCAGACUGUUCUGUAGUUUAUCCAUGCUUAUAUAGUCAACUAAAACAUUUUUUCUUGGUUCGUGAAUAAAGAACGGCUGCAUGUUUGAUUUGAAGUUGAUCAAGGGCAAGAAAUGUGAUGAAAGUCUGAGCUGCUUCAUGUGGGCAUUCUCAUUUCUCUCUCUCUCUCUCUCAUUUUCUCUCUCUCUCUCUCUCUCUCUCUCUCUCUUACUCUUUCUCUCUCUCUCUCUUUUUCUCUCUCUCUCUUUCUCUCUCUCUCUGUCUGACACACUCAUGCGUGAAUAUGAGAAGAAUAUUUGCUUUUGAGACAGAGUUUUUGACAUCAAGGAUGUGGUGCUGUUAAAUUCCAAUUUAUUGUGGAAUAUUCCUGACAAACAUAAAAUUCAGGCUAAAUUUUGCAGAACUAAAUUUUCUGACUGAAGUCAAUCAAUAAUUACUUUCUAGUUUGUGAUUUUUUAAAUCAUUUUUUUUUACCUGUCUUCCUGGAUUAUUUAGAUAACAGCGUGGAGAACCAAAUUCAAAAUUUAGAUGAAUGCAGUCUAAGAAGUAUUACCUGGAUUCUAGAAGGAGUGAGGCAGUUUGUUCAGGUGCUUGUCAGACUUGUAUUAAAAUCUUCUUCUAACUCCAAAGCGUAAAGCUUUGAAACUCGCCAACAGGAUUGUAUUUUUAUCUCUGGUGCUCGACAUGCUUUCCUAAACUGAGUGCUAUAAGCUGUUAGAAUCUUGACUUGCUCCACAUCCCAGUGUUGGCUGUAAAUAAAAGUUUAUUUUAUAUGCUAGCCUCUCCAACAAUCCCUAUAUUUUGUUUUUGGCCCAGCUUUUUCUUUGACUUUCUUAAACUGGUGAAGAGAAGAUGCAUCACAGUUCCUAACAUCACCUGAUUUUCACAUAAGUCUUUUCCUGCAAGGCUCAAGUGAUAGGCUAACUACAUUUUACCCUUUCGAUCCUUGAAAUAGGAGGACAUUAAGCUCAGCAUAUGAUUAUCUUCAAUAUUACUCUGUUUGAGAUCCCUUUCCUCAGCCCAGGUUGAGAAUUGAACGUGGGUUUUGUGUGACUACAUACAAUAAUUACACAGUGCACGUACCCACCAGAAUAUUAAGGAAAACCUAUUAUUAAUGCUUUUAUCUGGACAUUAGAUGUAAUUUACAGCCAGCACCAGUCCACUUCAAGUCAGGAUUUAUUAGCUAGGUCUCGCACUACUGUUUUCCGUGCCUUAGUGUUACAUAAAUGCAGGGUAGUUCGUGUUGCAAGAUAACUGCAAGGUAAGAUGUUUUGGGAGAAAAAACAGUUAGGUCAGUUAGGGUAACAAUUGAAAUAGUAAAUUAAGUGGCUAGAAAAUGCAUUGUUUUUUUAUCAAAAAUGGUAAAGUUUAUGAAAAUGAAAAUAUAUUUAACUUGAGCAUUUUAGAGGCUGUUUAAUGGAAGCUAUAGCAACUGAAUUUAGAAACAAAAACUAUGUAUACUGAAUAAUUUUGUUUCUUUAAAAAAAAAACUAUGCAAACCAAUGUGACAUUUUGAACAUUUGUUUAAAAAUAUGAAAGGGAAUUUUGUGAUGGGAUACUCUUGGCAAGGAACUUCGCCUGAAAGAAAUGUGGGCUUAAGUUGAGAGAUGACUUGAAAAGACUUGGACUAUUUAUGCAAUUUGAUUCCUCAUAUAGUAAAAUAACUUUUUUCCCUGCGAAAUUUCUCAGACUAAACCAUGUUUGAGAAGUUACUAUUUCUGUAAAAUAAAUUAUAAAACCACUAGUUUAUAGUGACUACUGCAAACCAAUGCUGCUGUAACCGGAAAAUUACACUGUCGUGUUUUCUGUGAACUCUAAUAAACUAAUAUAUUAAUUAUG